ACCAAGCCCCUAAAUACUAAAACCAAGUCAAUGUUAUCUUUGAGUUAGUUAGUGUGAGCCAGUCUAGCAUUAAACUCUAAAAAAAUGUCUUAGAUCUAUAACAAUAUAUAUAAUUUAAAUGAGCAACUUCAUAAACCAUAAACCAAAUCACUGAUCUAUAGUUAGCAACUCUCUCUCCAAUUCCAUUCCAUGGCCGAAACAAAACCAACUAGUCAUAUAGUAGUAACAUCAAUCCCUCUGUUUAGCCAUGAAUCUUCUGUAAUUGAGUUCUGCAAGAGACUCAUUCAAGUCCAUAACCACUUCCAAAUCACUUGCAUCUUCCCCACCAUUGAUGCACCUAUCCCAGCCACCCUCAAAUUACUUGAAUCUCUUCCUUCAACCAUACACUGCACUUUCCUCCCUCCAAUAAAAAAACAAGACCUACCACAAGAAGUUACCAUGCAACUUGAACUUGGUGUUACUAAAUCCAUGCCAUCUUUUCGCGAAUCGUUGAGUUUGCUUUGUUCAACUUCAACCACACCGGUUGUAGCAAUAGUUGUUGAUCCUUUUGCAAACCAAGCAUUAGAAAUAGCGAAAGAGUUCAACAUCUUAUCUUUCAUGUACUUCCCUGUUUCUGCCAUGACAACUUCACUACACUUGCAUUUGCCAAUACUUGACGAACAAGUUUCGGGUGAGUACAUGGAUCACGUUGAACCUAUUGAAAUUCCGGGUUGCACACCUAUUCGCGGCCAAGAUCUCCCUCGUACUUUUUUUGAAGAUCGGUCUAGUAUUGCUUACGAGACAAUUCUUCGACAAACCAAGAGAUUCUCUCUUGCUGAUGGUGUAUUGAUUAAUAGCUUCUCAGAAAUGGAGGAAAGCACAGUGAGAGCCUUAAUGGAAAAGGAGCAAAGUAACAACAAACAAUUAGUUUAUCUCGUUGGACCGAUCAUACAAACCGGUUCAAAUGAGUUAAACAAAUCGGUGUGUGUAAAGUGGUUGGAGAAUCAAAGACCAAAGUCUGUUUUGUAUGUGUCCUUUGGAAGUAGAGGAAGUUUAUCUCAAGAGCAGAUCAAUGAACUAGCUUUAGGGUUAGAGCUGAGUGGUCAAAAAUUCUUGUGGGUUUUGAGAGAACCUAAUAAUUCUGAAAUUCUAGGUGACCAUAGUGCUAAAAAUGACCCUUUAAAAUACUUACCAAGUGGGUUCUUAGGGAGAACCAAAGAACAAGGAUUAGUAGUUUCUUUUUGGGCACCACAGACUCAAAUCCUAAGCCACACUUCAACUGGUGGAUUUUUAACACAUUGUGGUUGGAAUUCAACACUCGAGAGCAUUGCGUCGGGAGUGCCAAUGAUAACUUGGCCGUUGUUUGGCGAGCAAAGAUUGAAUGCUAUUUUGUUAAUAGAGGGACUCAAGGUGGGUUUGAAGGUAAAAUUUAAUGAGAGUGGCAUUGCAGAAAGAGAGGAAAUUGCUAAGGUGAUUAGAGAUUUAAUGCUUGGUGAAGAAAGGAGUGAAAUUGAACAAAGAAUUGAAGAGCUUAAAUAUGCUUCUACUUGUGCAUUAGCAGAAGAUGGGUCUUCCACAAGGGUACUUUCUCAACUUGCCAUUCGAAUGGAAAGCAAUGCAAAGUAAAAACAAGUAUUGGUAAUUUUAUUUAGAGACUAAUUUUUUCUACAUCUGCGACAUAUUAAUUACGUUCAAAAGUAUGGUUAAAUCAUUUUAGUAGAUUGUUAAUUCAGACCACGGUCAAAAUUGUGGUUAAUUCAACGACAUAAUUAACCACAAUUUCAUAAUUUUGCACGUGAUCUAAAUUAACUGUAUAGUCAAUUGAGUUAACCACAAUUUUGGAUGUGAUCAAAACUAUACAGAUGUAGGGAAAAUUGGAUGUUAAAAACAUUUUUAAUCAAGUAUUGGUGGAAUAAUAGAAUGUGUGCGAGAGUGAAAAAUUCAUUUUAGGUGACUAGAAGAAACAAUCCAUGUUUCUUGGUUCUCUAUAAAGAAUCGGAAUCUUAUGUUAUAUUGUGUUUUUAACUAAAAGAUGUAUAGCAUUUUCAUUUAUAAUGAGAUGGUCAAUACAGUUUUUAUUUUA